GACCAAACUAAGGAUGUGAGAGCAAGUUUUAACCUGUAACUUCUGCCGAUUCCCCCUUUCAUAAUGUCGGCACCUGGAAGUGACCUUCCACUGAGACCACACCCUGCUUAUCAAGCUUUGGUGACCAUAGUGCUUCCUGGACGGCUAACUUGAUACAAGUCAACAGAUGUGAACUUGGGGACCAAAACAGUCACUUUCACUCUGGGGAAAGGGAUUCAGAGUACCAAUUAGUAAACACGGCAGGAAUCCUUGGUGCAGCAUGAUCCAGAUUACGAGUGCUUCCAGAUCUUGAAGACAGCCUAGUUCACACUAUAACUGGGCUCUGCGACUUCCCAAGGACAGCAGAUAAGAAGGGACUCAUCCUGGAGACCAUGAUGACACAGUAGAGCAUCAUUUCCUAUUAACCAACAAUUCGCUGUAAGUGUGCUAAUUACAUGCAAAUGAAAUAGCUGCGGAGAAAGGAAGAGACAGACGCUGAGAAGCAGACUUCAUGGCUCAUCAAACCCAACGCAGAGAUACCGCAGACACUAUGACGGAGGUGGAGGUGUGGGACAGCAGGACUGCACAGGAGGUGAAUAAGUCUUUAUAUCCGCCGGCAGUGACCAACCCCUUCACUCACCACACGCAGCUGAGUGCUUGGCAGUUGGCCUGCAGCAUCUUCCUGGGGACUGUGCUGGUACCCGUGCGGGUGUCCUGCAUUGUCUUCCUCUUCCUCCUCCUCUGGCCAGUGGCCCUACUCUCCACCAUUAACUUGCCUAUUCAACCUACCGAACCCGUGAAGAGUUGGAGGAAACAUUUGAUAAAGCCGGUCUUCAUAUUCUUGCUCCGUUUGGCGUUCUUUUGUGCCGGGUUCCUAAUUAAGGUCAAAGGGAAAAAGGCCACCAGAGAGGAGGCCCCCAUCUUCGUCGUCGCACCACACUCCACCUUCUUUGAUGCCAUCGCCGUUAUUGUGGCGGGGCUCCCUUCAGUGGUCUCUGAUACCCAGCACGUGCGCAUCCCAUUGGUUGGGCAAUGCAUCCUUUUAACUCAGCCUGUGCUUGUGCGACGAGAAGACCCGAAUUCUAGAAAGACUACCCGGAAUGAGAUCCUCUCGCGGGUGAAAUCUAAAAUGAAGUGGCCACAGAUUCUGAUUUUUCCAGAAGGAUUGUGCACCAACCGCUCCUGUCUUGUCACUUUUAAACUAGGAGCCUUCUCCCCAGGUGUCCCUGUGCAACCCGUACUGCUUAGGUACCCCAACACCCUGGACACCGUGACCUGGACGUGGCAUGGGUUCUCGGGCUUCCAGGUAUGUAUGCUCACCCUGAGUCAGCCCUUCACUAGAAUGGAAGUUGAGUUCAUGCCUGUUUACAUCCCAAAUGAAGACGAAAAGAAAGACCCCAUCCUUUUUGCCAACACAGUCCGAAUCAACAUGGCAAACGCUUUGAAGCUGCCGGUAACGGAUCACAGUUUCGAAGAUUGCAAACUGAUGAUCUCUGCUGGUGCCCUUCGGCUACCCAUGGAAGCUGGCCUGGUGGAAUUCACAAAAAUCAGUCAGAAAUUGAAAUUAGAUUGGGACAACAUCCACACGCACUUGGACAAGUACGCUUCGGUUGCAGUCUCCUCCAAAGGAGGCAAGAUUGGGAUCGAAGAGUUCUCAAGAUACUUAAAACUCCCCAUUUCAGAGCCCCUGAGACAGCUUUUCUCCCUCUUUGAUAGGAAUCAGGACGGCACCAUAGACUUCCGAGAGUAUGUGAUAGGUCUAACCGUCCUGUGCAACCCAGCCAACACAGAGAAGAUUCUGCAAAUGUCAUUUAAGCUUUUUGAUCUCGACGAGGAUGGUUAUAUAACAGAACAGGAGCUGACAACCAUGCUCCGGGCAGCUUUCGGAGUGCCAGACCUAGAUGUCUCCACACUCUUCCAGCAGAUGGCUGGCAAGGAUUCAGCUCAGGUUUCCUACAGGACUUUUAGGAGGUUUGCCCUGAAGCAUCCAGCAUACGCCAAGCUAUUUCACUCAUACAUAGACCUCCAGGCGGCCUAUAUAUACUCAUUACCGGGAGAGGUAUAAAUGUUUCCCUAAUAUCGAGGUGUUCGAGGAGUCCUUGGAAACAGGGAAAGAACUUUUAGGUGGAAAUGACGAACUAAAUAAAGAUUAUCCUUUGAGGAAAA